AUGCCUAUAUCCCAGGACUCGGAGCAAACGGAAAAUUCCUCUGACUAUUCACAUACCUACAUUCCUUCCCAUGCGCUUAAUAACAACGAGCCCUUUAUGUCCCCAGUACAUGGGACAGAUCUAAGGCUCAUGAAAAUUUACUAUAUGCGUGUACAAUUGAAAAGGGAUGUGACUGUCUUAUGCCAUACAGAGGAAGGAUUUGAGCCUCCCUCAAAAAAGAUCAAAAUGGAAGAAAUGACCUAUAUUGGAAAAGUUCAUAAAAAUGUCCCUUUCUCUCACAUGUCUGAGAAGAAAACCCUAAUUGCCCGUGAACCCAUAUUAGACAGCAAAGCACAGGAGAAAAGCGGGGAGGGUGAAAGUCCAGCACAGCAUCCAGCUCUGGUCGGUUAUCCCAGCGCUAAGAUGCCUGAGUGGCUGCUGGCCCUGGACAGUGGGUUCAGGUGCAUGGCCUGCUGCCGGAUCUUCCCCAGCUUAGAAGUCCUUCAGGAGCAUGUAGAGUGCGGGGUCAGGGAGGGCUUCAGCUGCCAUGCUUUCCAUAAUGCCAUGGCUCGUCUAAAGCACAAAGAGCAUAAGAAGAGCGAGAAUGAGAAAAUAAAGAAGGCAACAUUUAGAUGCCAGAAGGAAAAUUAUUUUGGCACAUAG